CAUAUUGUGCACAAUGGAGGAUUAUACAAAAGGCCUUUCAAUGAAGCUUUUGAAGAAACACCAAUGCUGGUUGCUGUGUUGACCUACGUAGGCUAUGGUGUUCUCACUCUCUUUGGAUAUCUGCGAGAUUUCAUGCGACAGUGGAAGAUUGAGAAGUGUCAAAAUGCAACAGAAAGAGAAGAACAAAAGGACUUUGUCCCAUUGUACCAGGACUUCGAAAAUUUCUACACCAGAAACCUCUACAUGCGCAUUCGGGACAGCUGGAACCGCCCAAUCUGCAGUGUGCCAGGGGCCAAAGUGGACAUGAUGGAGAGAGUUUCCCAUGACUACAACUGGACGUUCACGUACACGGGAAGAGUGAUAAAGGACAUCAUUAAUAUGGGUUCCUACAACUAUCUUGGAUUUGCACAGAAAGCUGGGACUUGCCAAGAAGCAGCAGCUGAAGUUCUGUCCCAGUAUGGAGCUGGGGUGUGCAGCACUAGGCAGGAGAUGGGAAACUUGGACAAACAUGAGGAGCUGGAAAAGCUAGUUGCCAGGUUCCUAGGUGUGGAAUCUGCAAUGGCAUAUGGAAUGGGAUUUGCAACCAACUCCAUGAACUUUCCCCUUUUAAUUCAGGGCUGCCUGAUUUUGAGUGAUGAACUGAAUCAUGCAUCACUAGUGCUUGGAGCAAGACUGUCAGGAGCAACUAUUCGAAUCUUUAAGCACAACAAUAUGCAAAGCCUGGAGAAGCUGCUCAAAGAUGCUAUUGUGCAUGGACAACCUCGUACACGGAGGCCCUGGAAAAAAAUUCUUAUCUUGGUGGAAGGCAUAUACAGUAUGGAGGGAUCCAUAGUCCGUUUGCCUGAAGUGAUUGCCCUUAAGAAGAAGUAUAAAUCCUAUUUGUACCUUGAUGAGGCUCAUAGUAUAGGUGCCCUGGGUCCCAGUGGCCGGGGUGUAGUGGACUAUUUUGGACUCAAUCCUGAAGAUGUGGAUAUUAUGAUGGGAACAUUCACCAAAAGCUUUGGAGCUGCUGGAGGAUACAUUGGGGGCAAGAAGGAACUGAUUGAUUACCUCAGAACAUACUCUCACAGUGCUGUGUAUGCAACAUCAAUGUCACCUCCUGUUGUGGAGCAAAUCAUCACCUCUGUGAAGUGCAUUAUGGGUGAAGAUGGUACAACUGUUGGGAAAGCACGUGUGCAGCAGCUAGCAGAGAACACUAGAUAUUUCAGGAGACGACUGAAAGAGAUGGGCUUUAUCAUCUAUGGAAAUGAAGAUUCCCCUGUUGUGCCUCUGAUGCUCUACAUGCCAGCAAAAAUUGGUGCAUUUGGGCGUGAGAUGCUGAAGCGGAACAUCGGUGUUGUGGUUGUAGGCUUCCCUGCCACCCCCAUCAUCGAGUCCAGAGCCAGAUUCUGUUUGUCUGCAGCUCAUACCAAAGAGAUGCUUGAUAGAGCUUUAAAAGAAAUCGAUGAAGUUGGGGACCUUUUGCAACUGAAAUAUUCCCGUCACCGUUUGGUACCUAUCUUGGACCGACCGUUUGACGAGACAACAUAUGAAGAAACAGAAGACUGACCUCCCUCCAUGUGCCUUGGUGGGAGGGACACACCCUGUGGGACACUCCAUGGCACACAGGCCACAGCAUCCAUGAAUGACACACUUAGGACUGCUUAGCAUAAAAGACAUUUCCUCACAAUACUGAAGUGGCCAUGUGAGCUCUAAAUGGCAUUUUGUAAAUAGGGAGAGGAGAAAAAAAAGCUUUGAUUCCUGUGUCUUCAGGGUCUGGCCCUAGAGGUGCUUGGCUUUAAUUUUUCUUGUUGCUUUUUUUAUUUAUUUGUCUCAAUGAAUUCACCGCAACCCAAGUUGGCUGUGGCUGAUCAGCUCAGACUCUGUAUGCACCAUUAGCCUCCCAAAUGCUGGCUGAGAUGUUGUGAGCAUGUGUGACGCUGGCAUGGCAGCAUUUCCAGUGUCACUGCUAGGUGCCUGACCUUCACGGUAAGGAGUAAGCUGACCUGUCUGUUCUUGGAGUCUUCCUAAAGAAACUGUUGAUUGCUAACUUUGACAUAGUUAACAAGAUGGAUAAUCAACCAAAGUUGUUUUUUCUUUUGCAGUUACUUGUGUUUAAAACUUUAAAUUUAGCCUUUUUAAAAUAAAUGUAUUGUUGACAUGUCA